GUUGGCAAACAACAGAACUAUAUACGGAUGACCUAAAAACACAACCUUUUCUACAUGCCUGUAAUUCUAAAACCCUUUCAGAUUCUUGAAAAAUCCUCCAUCCAAAAAUCCUAUCAGAUUCUCAUUUUCGUCUGCUAGAGGCAAAAAAGUGUAAAAAAUAUCGAUCAGCAUUUUCAGUUCGCGAGGUACAUAAGGAAUCGAAAGGAUUCUUUCCAGAGUUAUUUCUGAUCUGGUUGGUUGCUGGAAAACCCUCAUUUGAAGUGUUUUUUCGUUGUCUCCAAACCCCUGUAAAAAUGGCCGCUGAGGGUACAGUUGCAGACAUGUUUACAGUCCAGAAGACUAUGGGUCAAGUCCUGUGCUGCAUGUGUGGCAUUUCUAUGCCACCCAAUGCAGCCAAUAUGUGUGUAAAUUGCAUCCGUUCUCAAGUUGACAUCACAGAGGGCUUGCAGAAACAUGUCACAAUCCUCCACUGCCCUGAAUGCAGUUCUUAUUUACAGCCCCCCAAAACAUGGAUCAAAGCUCAGCUAGAAUCUAAAGAGCUUCUGACUUUCUGCAUCAAAAGGCUUAAAAAUCUCAAUAAAGUCAGGCUUGUUCAUGCUGAAUUCAUAUGGACUGAGCCUCAUUCUAAACGAAUUAAAGUCAAGUUGAGAAUACAAAAGGAGGUCCUUAAUGGGGCUAUAUUAGAACAGGCUUAUGUUGUUGAGUAUGUACAACAAGAGCAUAUGUGCGACAGCUGUAGGAGGGUUCAGACAAACCCAGAUCAGUAUGUGGCUGUUGUGCAGGUACGACAACAUGUUAGCCAUAGGAGAACAUUUUUCUAUCUUGAACAGUUGAUACUCAAGCAUGGUGCAGCUGCACAGGCGGUUAAUAUUAAGCAAGUUCACGAGGGUGUUGACUUUUUCUUUGCUAAUAGGAGCCAUGGUUCUAAGUUUGUGAACUUUUUGGGUAGUGUGGUGCCUACUUUGAAUCGAAACGAUAAGCAGCUGGUAUCACAGGAUAUUAAGAGUAAUACUUAUAAUUACAAGUAUACUUUCUCUGUUCAGAUUUGUCCUGUUUGCAAAGAAGAUCUGAUUUGCCUUCCUCCCAAAGUUUCUUCUAGUUUGGGGAACUUGGGUCCUCUUGUUUUGUGCACCAAAGUGAGUACUAAUAUUAUGCUGCUUGAUACAUUUACCUCAAGGCAUGCAUUUAUGGAUGCAAAUCAAUAUUGGAGGGUGCCCUUUAGGUCUCUUCUCUCAGGCAGGCAGUUGGUAGAGUAUAUUGUUUUGGAUAUUGAGGUUAAUGUUGGCUUGAUUACUGUGGGUGGUAUGAAGUAUUCAUUGGCAGAUGCACAGGUUGCUCGUGUUUCAGACUUUGGAAAGAAUGACACAAUUUUUAAUGUGAAAACUCAUCUGGGUCAUCUUCUGAAUCCUGGAGACUAUGCUCUUGGUUAUGAUCUCUAUGGUGCAAAUACUAAUGAUUUAGAAAUGGACAAGUAUAAAGGACUUAAUCUUCCUGAUGUAGUUUUGGUUAAGAAAAGUUAUGAAGAGAAACGCCAGAAGAAGAGAGGCAAGCCUCGGCCCUGGAAGCUUAAUAAUCUGCCUAUGGAGGUGGAGCCAUCUUCUAAAGUUAAAACAGAGGAUGCAAAGGAAACUCAAGACUAUGAAAAGUUUUUGGAAGAAUUGGAAGAAGACCAAGAGAUGCGGUCAAAGAUUGCCUUGUAUAGAAAUAAGAAUUAUCAACCAUCAGAGACAGUGUCUAUGACUGAUGGUGAAGAUGCUCCUUCUGUACCAUUAGAAGAGUUACUAAAUGAUCUUGCACUAGAGGAUGAUGAGCAAGAAGAUGAAGAAAUGGAAGGUUAAAUGCUAAAAGUUUUUUUUUUCUUGUUUUGCUUUUUUGUAAAUGACAUGGUCAAUUUGUGUUUCGAAAGAGUUAAUCUUUUAGACUAAGGUAUGGGAUUUGUUUGUACGCCGUGUAUUUGAAAUGGAGAGCAUGAAAAGAAUUGUCAUCUGACAGUUAUGCAAGUAUACAUAAUUUGACAGUGUUUUUUACUUAUACAUGUUGUCAAAUUUGUUUCAUAGACUUAAUUCAAGUAUGUAUUGAUAUGGCACUUUUGAAUUAAGACAUUAUAUCUCACUAUGCUAAUUAAUAAAUUAGUUUUAACUUGUA